AUGCUGCUCUACGUGCCGCCUGCUCCGCCUGCAGAGCUGCUAACCGAGUGUCUGCAGCGUGCGCUGAACGGCCACAACGUUCAGUCUUUGUCUGUCGUACUGCACAACCGCGCGCGUGCUGAGUCACUGCAGGCUCUGCUGCAGCGUGGUGGAUCAGCCGUUCAGCAGCUCACGCAGACGGAAGGAGCAGACGCAGAGCACGCGAACAGCGUCAAGCAACAAUGGGAGCACCACCAGAACGUGUUCGUGCAGCUGGCUACCGCCAUCAAGCAAGCGGCUUAA